GAAUUCCGCCUGGGUCUAGUUCAGCUCUUUGUUUCUCCUGUAAAAGCAGAUAAUCUGAAGAGGGCAUCCGAGCUGGUAAAACAGGCGGCCAAGCAAGGAGCUCAGGUUGUAGCUCUCCCGGAAUGCUUUAAUUCUCCAUAUGGAACCAAAUUCUUUCCUGAAUAUGCUGAGAAGAUUCCAGGCCAAUCUACACAAAUGUUGUCCGAAGUAGCCAAGGAGUGUGGAAUCUAUCUGAUUGGAGGCUCUAUACCAGAGGAGGAUUCUGGGAAAUUGUACAACACAUGUACUGUGUACGGUCCCGAUGGAAUAUUGCUGGCAAAGCACAGAAAGAUACACCUCUUUAAUAUUGAUGUUCCAGGGAAGAUUCGAUUCCAAGAAUCAGAAACGCUCACUCCUGGAGACAGCUUUUCUGUGUUUGACACGCCCUAUUGCAAGAUUGGAGUGGGCAUCUGUUAUGACAUCAGGUUUGCUGAACUCGCCCAGAUUUACACAAAGAAAGGUUGUCAGUUAUUGGUAUAUCCCGGAGCAUUUAACAUGACAACAGGACCUGCACACUGGGAGCUGCUGCAGAGAGCACGGGCUUUGGACAACCAAGUCUAUGUCGCCACCGUGUCUCCAGCAAGAGAUGAAAAAGCCUCCUACGUAGCUUGGGGACACAGCACUGUGGUCAGUCCAUGGGGAGAAGUCAUUGCUAAGGCUGGGGCAGAUGAAGUUAUCACUUCCACGGAUAUAGACUUGCAAUACCUUGCUGAUAUCCGUCAACAAAUACCAAUUCAUAGCCAACGUCGCCAUGAUCUCUACAGUGUGGAAGAGAAGCCCAAAUAA